ACACAAGGUGUGUUACUGUACUUUUUAAACCAUUUUUGCCACGAUUUCGAUUUCCACACUAUGUAUCAUGCAAAUUUCUUUUGUGAUGUAUCAAUAGUCCUCGAACAUCCGUCAAUAGUUACUGUUGUUCAAAGUUCAUCUUAUUUGCAAUUAUUCUACAAAAUUUAAUAAUAAACAUAAAGUCGAAUUAGUUAGUUUUACUCGGAUUAAUACUCGUCGUUACAAGUAGUUUUCUAUAUUGUUAUACAAUUUCACGUGUUUUGGACUUUUAGAUAACUAUGCCUUUUAAUUGACAAUAGUUCAUUGGUACUUAUUAGAAUGGAUUCAUUAUUCAGUUGAAUUGUAGUUCUUUUUAUGUAUUGUGUGUGCAUGAAAAUUAAUUUGUAUGAAAUCUAAUGGGAAUAUUAGUUGCCUAAAAGCUCGAAAAGAAUAUAUCCAUACAGCGCACAUGGACGUGGUGAUUAAGGAUUACCUGGUAGUAGUAAAAAAUUAUAAUUCAAUUGUUAAUUAAUAAAAUACGUCUGCUAUACUCUUGUUUACUGAAUUAUUUAUUUAUUAUUAUUUUUUUUUAUUGGACAAAUGUCGCUUAAUUGUGCCAGAAAAUGAAGAUUACCCUUUGUCUUUCUUACUCUUUUACAACCACUUUUCCAUUUUAUUAAAUACUUUAGAGCAUUUGAGUUUCGAAGAUAUUGCCAUCGACGAUAAAAAUGGUAUUACAUUUUUAUCCGGUGAUAAUCGUGAAUGGUUUUCUACUUUUAUGCUUCCUUCAUCAAGAAAGAUGGGUGAAAUACUUAAAUUUAAUUUUUCAUCAGAACAGUUUGAAACAAUUCCAUUAAUCAAUUAUAAAUAUCAUCAUUUUCAUCCACUUGGAAUUUCUCAUGUUGUUUUCGACCAACAGAAAGCAGAAAGAGUUAAGAUUAAAUUCAUUGAUGAUGUGGUGGCUGCAGAUGAACAAUCAUUCUAUGUUACAACGGUGUUACAUUACAGACCAGAUCAAUCACUAUUACUUUGUCAGUUUGAAAUUUUAACUCAGCGUUCAUGGACAAAUGUUAUAUUUUGUUCAAAAAAAAUAUCAAAUAAUUGGAAAUGCAAUGUGGUUGUUGAUCAAAUCAAAACGGCAAAUGGAAUAUUCUCUUCGAAUGAUAUGAAAACAAUCUAUGUUGCUGCUAGUAUUGAAAAAAAAAUUCGUGUGUAUAAUCGUCAUCCUGAUAAUAAUUCAUUGAUAUUAUCUCAGUCUCUUUCAUUACCUGGUAUACCUGAUAAUGUCGUUGUUAAUGCUGAUGGACAAUUAUUGGUUGGAUCACAUCCAAAAAUGUUUUCGUUUAUGCUUCAUUCUAUAUUUCCUUCAAAAUAUCAUUCACCAGCACAGGUUUUACUAUUAAAAAAGCCAACACAUACAACAUUUGAAGAAAUAUUAAUAACAAACGGUGAACAAUUAUCAGCAGCAACUACAGCUGUCUCAUACAAAAACAAACUUAUUGUUGGUGCUUAUUUAUCUCCUGGAAUACUUGUAUGCGAACAUUUACUGUAA